AUGUCCGCGAUUGCGCGGGGCACUCAUGAAUCGUUGGCAGCGAUAAUCUGUUCAGUUGCUAGUGUUGGGUCGCGCAACACUACUGUUACCGCUUUUGCUUCCACAACUAUGGCCGGGCCUGAUUUCCAAGACAGGUGGUUUUCAGAUGAGAGUCUACGGAGUUUAAUAUUUGCACCGGACUCGGGGGAGGUGGUAACAGCAUUCGAGUCCUUUCAAUCCUCUGUCUGUUCCCCCGUUGAUGAGCGGCUUCAACGCCAGUGCUUCUCCGAACUACCCGCAGAUCAAUAUGAGGUGCUGGAGGGCUCACCCGUGCGCAUGCGGUGUCGGGUAUCCUGGCAGAGUGGAAAGGCACAGUGGCGAGCUCACAACACGCUUCUCGUAAGGUCCUGUGAUCCCUAUGAGAGUGCAUUUUAA